ACUGAAGUUGAAUUUGAGGGGCACAAAGCAGCCUGUAAAAUGCAAAGACGCUGCUAGAGAACAGUAACACCGGGGAACCCACAGGCAGUUUCCUCGAAGCUCUUCAGAGGUAUGACACCGAGCUAGCUGAGAGUCGUCAAACUGGGCUGUGCUGAAGAGAGAAAGGACUGUUUGUUUCUGAGUUGGGGUCUGCAAAGGGGAGAGGGGAAAAAAUGAAGUUCGCUCAGUUUUUGCUGAAAAACAACUUUGUGGGUGGGAUACCGAAACAAGUGGAGAGGUUUUCUAAGUUUUCUCCAUCUCCCCUGUCUAUGAAGCAGUUCAUCGACUUUGGCUCGGCCAAUGCAUGUGAGAAGACCUCCUUUGUGUUCCUCCGCCAGGAGCUUCCUGUCAGAUUGGCCAACAUCAUGAAGGAAAUUGAUUUCCUCCCUGACAAACUCCUCGGCACUCCAUCACUGAGGCUCCUCACCAGCUGGUAUUCUCAGAGUUUGUUGGAGCUUAUAGACUUUUUAGAAAAAGAUCCAGACGAUAAGGAUGUCCUGAAAAACUUUACACAGACUCUAGUAAACAUCAGGAACCGGCAUAACAACGUGGUGCCCACCAUGGCUCAGGGGGUGGUGGAGUACAAGGAGGCUUUCGGCGUGGACCCCGUCACCAACCAGAACGUUCAGUACUUCCUGGACCGCUUCUACAUGAGCCGCAUCUCCACACGCAUGCUCAUGAACCAGCACACAUUGAUAUUUGACGGCAGUGUAAAUCCGGCCCAUCCCAAGCAUAUCGGCAGCAUUGACCCCACCUGUGACGUUGUGGAAGUAAUAAAAGAUGCCUACGAAACCUCGAAGAUGCUGUGUGAGCAGUAUUACCUGACCUCUCCAGAUAUGAAGGUCACAGAAGUCAAUUCCAAAAACCCUGGCCAGCCCAUCCAAAUUGUAUAUGUGCCAUCACAUCUCUACCAUAUGCUCUUUGAGCUCUUCAAGAAUGCCAUGAGAGCUACAGUAGAGACGCACGAGACGAGCACGACGUUGCCCUUGAUCAAAGUUCGUGUUUCACUGGGCACUGAGGAUCUCACUAUCAAAAUGUCUGACAGAGGAGGUGGAGUCCCUCUAAGGAAGAUUGAACGUCUCUUCAGCUACAUGUACUCCACAGCUCCCAGUCCAGUCCGCGUAGACAAUGGUCGUAAUGCCCCUCUGGCUGGUUUCGGCUAUGGCCUGCCCAUUUCCCGCCUGUACGCCAAGUAUUUCCAGGGAGACCUGCAGCUCUACUCCAUGGAGGGUUAUGGCACAGCAGCGGUCAUAUACUUGAAGGCCCUGUCUUCAGAGUCUGUGGAGAGACUUCCUGUUUUCAACAAGUCGGCCCUGCGGCAUUACCAGUCCACCAUAGAGGCCGAUGACUGGUGCAUGCCCAGCAAGGAUCCAAAGAAGCUCGGCAGAUAUGAGACGAGCGGGUGAUGGCAGACUGAGGAAAGAGAAUGAGGAAAAUUAAGAAGAAGAGAGCACAUGUCGGAGGAACCAAAAUGCUUUCAGCGUGCUGCUGGACUUGGAUUUUUGUCGUGGACUAUUCUCUCUCCUUGAGAGAGGGCGGAAAAAACAAAAGUUUAUUGUUGGUAUGAAGAAAGCAGUAACAAACCUAAACCGUGAUCCUGAAUCUGAUUUCAGACCAGCCGCCACCUAACAUAAGCUCACCCCACAAAAUGUGCUGCUAAUGGGAAUGGAACAAUUAAUAAUCACCUUUUUACCUCAGUGAUUACACUCAGAAAAAAAGUCCUCUUUGUGUUUAUGUAACAUUAGUAUCAUUCACAAUCCAGACGUUUGGUUUAUUAAAAUCACAAGUAUUUUGUGUUUGUGCAUUAGGUUAAACAUGUAUUUCUAAAAAAAAAAAAAAAAAAAAAGGCCAGCCGGAGCCGACUGAAGUGUUUGUGUCUUUGAGCUGAACGGGAGCGCGUUCGCUGACUGCCGCAUAAACACGAAGGGAGCAAAGUCUGUUUCCAACGAUCAGCUAUAAUUUGCAGCGCUGCUUAAUUCACACAGCUUUCAACAUUUCUUUGUGAACAACAGCAACUGUGAAAUUAUUCUUGCUGCGAUGCCAUAUGUGUGUGUGUUGGAGGAUUUUCACUGUCACUAGUUAUGUACCUCGUGUCUUUAUGCACGCUGAAAGGAGUUUUAAAAGUCGAGUCAUGCAGAGGAAUGAGUGGAAACAUUUGAAGUCAUGCCUGGCCAGGUGGAUGAAAAAUAGUUGUGAAUGUUCCCUUUACAGUGAUUUUAAAGUGUUAAAGUAUGUGUGAAGUUUAAUGGGAAGUACAAUUUCUGCAGGAAAUUGUACUUUAGCUCCCUGUUAUGUAACGCACUGUAAGCCAUCACCCUGUUAUCUGUGCCUGACAGGAUACGGUCAGUGUUGGAGGCACGUAGGAGCAACACAAACAGAUGAGAGAGGACCUUAUGUAAGAUUUAAGCCAUUAGCUGCCAGUCAUACUUUUAUAUUCAAUCCAUUUAGUUUUAAGUUUGGAAAAAUGUCUUGGGAAAAUAUUUUAACCUUUAUGUGUUGUUUUCCCUUAAAUUCAUAGACGUGCAGUUUUCACCUUUUACUCUAUGAGUGUCACUCAAAGGCCAAGUGUCCCUGUACUGAGUCUGUGGUUCACCACUAAGAGGACCAGUGAAUGUGGAAAUAAAAAAACUCGUGUCACC